AUGGCAGCGGCACACCGGGUCCUUUGUUACCUCAAGGCGGCACCAGGACAGGAGCUUUUCUUGCCGUCCUCUGGCUCGCUGACAUUGACAGCCUACUGUGAUGCGGAUUGGGCCGGUUGUCAGUCAACCCGUCGUUCCAUGACAGGGUACUACAUACAGUUGGGUGGUGCUCCCGUCUCCUGGCGUGCCAAGAAGCAACGCGUGGUAGCUCGGUCAUCUGUCGAGGUUGAAUAUCGCGCCAUGGCUAGUGCUACCAGCGAAGUUCUAUGGCUUCGAUUCUUGCUUGGUGAACUCCGCGUUCCUCAGCAAGCUCCCACUAUUCUCUAUUGUGACAAUCAGGCUGCUCUCCAUAUCGCUGCUAACCCGGUCUUCCACGAACGCACCAAGCAUGUUGAGAUGGAUUGCUAUUUUGUGCGUGAGCAUUUGCAGUACGCCGAGAUACAGCCGCAGAAGAUUCAUACUAGCUCUUAG